GUUUAAGGCAACAAUUCAAUAUAACUCAUACGCUAUGGCAGGGGACACCCCGGAAUUGCCUACCCCAAAUGUCGAGCAACAUAACAGCUCCCAAGAAUCCUCUCCCCAAACCAAGCCGAAGCAUGAAUUCCCCAAAUCACAGGUCGGAAAGCUAUGGGAUGCUUUUGGGAACCCCGAAGAGUCGGCGAACGUGCUAGCAACAGGAGCUGGGCCCUCUGGAAGGGGAUCGAAAGAUGCUACGGUUACGGAAGCUAUGAAGUCAAUGUCCCUUAAAGAUGUCACAUCAUUCUACAAAGCACCUUGCGCACGAGACUCCCUACUACUAGGUAUUGGAGCAGGGUUCGGAAUUGGUGGAAUCAGAGGUGUAUUAGGAGGAUUGCGCUCAUUAUGGACUGCUUCCAAUUGGGCUGUUGGCGCUUUUGCCCUUACCUCUCUCGCGGCGCACGAGUUCUGCCAGCGGCGUCGAGUACAAGAGCUGGACGGUAUGAAACAAGCUGUGGAAUUGAUGAAAGAGCUGAAGAUCAAGAAACAGCGAGAAAAGGAAGAGAAGGCUGCGGAGAUCGCGCGUAUGGCAGAGGAAGAGAAGAAAAAGAAGAGCUGGACAAACCUUUCGAACUAUAAGUUCUGGUAGUCCUUUCGCGCAUUGCCCGGAGUCAUGGAGUUUGCUGGGAUCGCUUUGUAAAUUUCGAGUGGGAUGUACAGUACAUAUUUCUAU